UCUGGAAAGUGGGACGGAUCAAGGUCCGAGCAAGGAGCUGCCUUCCACUAUAAAUACCGUAAAUUCCCACUGUUUAAACUUCGAUUUUCUCCUGCAGAGUGCUUGGAGUUUAUCUGAAUAAUACAAAGUUUUUUUAGUGCACAAGUUCCUAUUGAGCUGCAGCAGAACACGCAAUGAUCCCCAAGUUUGCAAUGUGCGGUGUCCUUUCCAGAUCUUUAAGAGUUCUGCAGAGACCAUGGACACAACAACCGGGAUUACCUGCAGCGAGUCGUGGCAUUCAUGUGGACUCUCCACCCAUCAUCCCGACACUCACUACCAGCUACGCCCACGCCACGUCUUCCACAUCUCUGAUCAAGAAUACAGUCGGAGACUCCCUGCUGCAGACUGUGGAGCGCUGGCCGGACCGAGAGGCCGUGAUCUUUGUUGAAGACGGAGUCCGCAAGACCUUUGCACAGUUACAACAGGAUGUGGAUCAGGCUGCAGCAGGGCUGCUGGCACUUGGACUGCAGAAAGGAGACCGCCUCGCUAUGUGGGGACCCAACACCUAUGAAUGGCUGCUGUUCCAGUUUGCCACAGCCAAAGCUGGGAUUAUACUGGUGUCUUUGAACCCAGCGUACCAGGUACAGGAGGCGGAGUUUGCAUUGCGGAAGACCGGAUGUAAAGCUGUAGUGUGCUCCUCACAGUACUUAACUCAGAACUACUGUGACAUGCUGAAGCAGUUAUGUCCGGAGAUCGAGACGUCCGUCCCGGGGGACAUCAGGAGUUCCAGACUCCCAGACCUCCGCACUGUGAUCCUCUUGGAUAGACCAGAACCAGGAAUGUUCUACUUCAAGGACGUGAUGCAGGCCGGCAGCAGCCAGUACAUGCAGCAGCUUCAGGACCUGCAGAAGACGCUCUCCUUUGACGACCCCAUAAACAUCCAGUUCACAUCGGGAACAACUGGGGCUCCAAAAGGUGCCACCCUAUCUCAUCACAACAUCGUCAACAAUUCCUACCUCACUGGGAAGAGAUUGGGGUACACCUGGAAUCCUUACCACCGUAUCUGCAUCCCUUUGCCUCUGUACCACUGCUUCGGCUCCGUGGGUGGAGGAAUGAGUAUGGCCAUCCACGGCGUGAGCCUCGUGUUUCCCUCUGUUAAGUACAAUGCUAAGGCCAACCUAAGAGCUCUGGAGAGAGAAAGGUGCACCUCUAUCUACGGCACCCCCACCAUGUUUGUCGAUAUGAUCAGCCAGCCGGACGUGGACAAAUACGACUUGUCGACAGUCAAUUCAGGAAUCAUCGGUGGCUCCCCGUGUCCUCCAGAUCUUGUGAAUAAGGUCAUUUCUGUGAUGGGCAUCAAGGAAAUAGUUGUUUCAUACGGCACCACGGAGAACAGCCCCGUGACUUUCUGCCCGUCGCCAAAAGACAACAUACACCGGAGGUCUGAGACCGUCGGCUACCUCAUGGACCACUUAGAGGCUAAAAUCGUGGACCCUCAAACGGGUAAGGUGGUGCCUCUGGGGACGACGGGGGAGCUCAUGAUGAGAGGCUUCGGCGUGAUGUUGGGUUACUGGAACGACGAAGAGAAAACACAAGAGUGCAUCACCAAAUGCGGGUGGUACAAAACCGGAGACAUCGCCUCGCUUGACGAGUUCAGCUACUGCUGCAUCGAGGGCAGAAUAAAAGACCUGAUCAUCAGAGGAGGAGAGAACAUUUACCCGGCAGAGGUCGAACAGUUCCUGCACACACACCCCAAAGUCAAGGAGGCACAGGUGGUGGGAGUUGCGGAUGCCCGAUUGGGUGAAGAGCUCUGCACCUGCAUCAAACUAGUAGACGGAGAGGAAUGCACUGCAGAAGAAAUCAAAGCUUACUGCAAAGGACAGAUCGCUCACUCCAAGAUCCCUCGCUACGUACUUUUUGUGACCAGUUACCCGCUCACCGUUACUUCAAAGAUCAGGAAGCACAAACUACGCGAGGAGGCUGAGCAGAAACUUGGAAUCAAGAAGGACAAAUGAUGAAUGAAGAGAAUUCAAAUACUGUAAAACAGGGAUCACAAAGCCAGCCAUCAGAACAUCUAAAAAGUUCUUGAGAAAUAAAGGCUGGCUAUAAAGCCAUAUCCUGUGAACCCACUGAUAAGAAACACGUAUAACAUGACUACACUUAGUUUUACCUUUAAUCUACCAUCAAAAAAAGACUACGAGAGACCAAAUCAAUCGAACCGUCGAUUCUCUGAUAGAAGGACUAACCUGCUCUACCACUGAGCCAAAGUCACCCCCAAAAGCUAUAACAAUAUUUUUAAUACAACUUGAAAUUAACUUUGUACCACAUUAAUAAAAACCUGGCGUUUCUCUUUUUCAAGGAUGAAUGAGAGUAUUUUUAUUUUGGUCACGAUGGCCGGUGCUCACCUCUUAGGCCAUCAGAUGGAGAAAAAAAAAGUCAUAGUAUGUCGAAAAAAAGUCAUAUUAUAGUAUGUCGAAAAAAAGUCAUAUUAUAGUAUGUCGAAAAAAGUCAUAAAAAAAGGUAAUAGUAUACAAGUACAAAUACAACACACUCUUGCUAUGGGUGACAUGUUCCUUCAUUACCAUGAACACAAUGUAGUUUAUUUUGAGUCAAAUGUACUAUUUACUCCUGUUCAAGUUACGUUAUUUUAAAAGUACAGUGCCCGAAUGUUUAAGAAAGUUACUGAGCCUUAAAAAAAAAAAAUUAUAAAUAUUUGCAGCUGAGGGCCACACAGUUUAGAGAAGAUGGAGAGUAACUGAACUGACCAACACAUUGUUGAUUUUGGUCUUUUCAUGGGUUUGGUUGACAAUAGGAAAAAUAUAGAAAAACUCCGGACUUCUCCUUUAACAUCCUCAUAUUUAAUAAUAUAUAGACAGAAAUGAACAUACAUACUUAGUAAAGAUCAGCUAAGAACUAGUUGUAGAUGUUGAACCACUCAUUUCUCCACACGUCUCAGUUUUUAUCCUGCAAAAAAAGCUAUUAAAACAUUUUUACUUCCACUUGAAAUAAACGUUGUAUUUAAA